AUGCAUUUUGCCCCACCCAUGGAUGAUGAAAUAUUUAGCACAGGAGUCAGUAUCAAAGAAGAACUGAGCGAAGAUGUCACUGAAGAGACGUUUUUGGACGUUAAAGAAGAACCAUUUGAUUAUGGAGAUGAAAACAGUGGAAACAAGUGCUCAUCACAUGGGGAUCAGGCGAUGCACAAGAAAAGUCUUAAUCAAAAUACACUAUUGAAAGCGGAAGUCACCUUGAAACGUUUUGUAUGUGAGGUGUGUGGCAAAAAAUUCUCCCGCAAGAGUCACAUCAACACUCAUAUGAAAGUUCACACAAAGGAGAAGCCAUACAGCUCAAGGCACAUGAUAGUACAUACAAAGAAGAAGCCACACAUCUGCGAGAUUUGCAACAAGAACUUCUCAUAUAAAAGUAGUCUAGUGAUCCAUAUGCGAAUACAUACAAAUGAGAAACAAUACAGCUGUGAGAUUUGCAGUGAGGCCUUCUCAUAUAAAAGUGGUUUAGCGAACCAUAUGCGAGUGCAUACAAAUAAGCACUAUAGCUGUGAGAUUUGCAAUAUGGCAUUUUCAUGGAGAUGUUACCUAGUAAAUCAUAUGAGAGUACAUACAAAUGAGAAGCCAUACAUCUGCGAGAUUUGCAAUAAAGCCUACACUCUUAGAAGUACACUAGCAAGACACAUGAGAGUACAUAAAAAGGAGAAGCCAUACAGCUGUGAGAUUUGCAAUAAGGGGAUCUCAAGGAAAGAGCAUCUGGUGAGGCACAUGAGGGUACAUACAAAAUAGAAGCCCCAUACCUGUGAGGUUUGCGAUAAAGUCUCACAGAAUCGUUACCUAGUGUCACACAUGAGAGUACAUACAAAAAAGAAGCCAUAGCUGCGAAAAAAAAUAGUAGAGUACACACAAAAAGAAGCCAUAUACAGGAUAUUAGAAAAAGACUUUCUCAAGGAGUAGAUUCCUGGUCACUGCAUUGAAAGUCAUACAAAGGAGGAGCCAGAUCUCCGUGAAUUUUAGAUAGUCUUAUCACAGAAGAUAUU